AUGUCUUCAAUCAUGCAAGUCACUUCUUUGAAAGAUGUGAAACCCUUCAAGAGUGGUUGGAAAGUGCAUGUGAAAGUGUUGCACACUUGGAAGCAAUACAACGCAGUGCAUGGUGACACCCUUGAGAUUGUGCUAUCCGAUGAUAAUGUUAUGGAAUUGGGAGACCUUGAAACUAUCCAAGUCGUAGGGAAACCAAAAAGGAAAGUGGAGUUUACACUUCGCGACAUCAAUGACUCCCGUGUUCCCUGUUGUCUCUGGGGCAAAUUUGCUGAGGUCCUCUAUGAGGGUUGCAGCAAAGAAGAAGAGGGUAAGCCCAUAUGUCUAAUCAGGUUUGUUGAUGAGGAUAAACCCCUCGCCCUAUGGGAGUCUAAUGAUGAGAAACUUGAGUUGGAUGAUAUGAGAAGUAUCCAAGACAAGCGUGACAAAUGGUUACUCUUUCCAAAAAGAACCAUUCGUGAAAUACUUGAGUCAACUCAGUCUAUGCAAUUGACUCAGACUGGGGUUGGUAUUACUUUGGUUGUUGCAUAUGCAACAAAAAGGUUUAAACUGCAUUUGAUGGUUAAGGAUGAUACAGGAGAAACAAAAUUGAUGCUUCUUGAUCUCAUUGCCAAAGGAAUGAUAAUUGAAUCGGCAAUGAAACUGCUGAAUGGAUCAUUCGAUGAGGUGUGA